AUGUUAACCCUCGAAGAAAAAAAAGACAUUGGUGAUACCUUCAGACAACGUUACUCGCUUAAAAGAUAUUUAUUUUUUCGUGAUGUAAGCAGCAAUAACAAAAGAGAAGCAAAAAAAGAAAUAAUUAAUAAUUAUUUUUCUCGCACUCGCGGAAAAUAUAAAACCACUUUUUUUCUUGUUACAGGACAAGAAGGAAUAUUUUGGAAAGGAAUGAUAGAGGUUGCUAGUGCUUUUAUAAAAGUAGUAAAACCUAAUGAUGUAGCAACAUGA